CCCUCUUCAACUGACAACUCCCCUCUUCAUUUCUUCUUACAAUUUUCAAAAACUCCAAGAGCCUCCCGAACUCCUCCACCUCGCCGGAAAACAAUGUCGGAUUCCGGCGACACCGACGAUAAGAUUCCACCACCACCACCGAACGCUUCCUCCCUCUCCCACCAGCUCACCUCCAAAACCGAGCUCCUCAACCUCAAGCUCUACGUCGUCAUCGCCAUCCUCCUCGCCGCCGUCCUCGCCGUCUUCCUCCUCGUCUUCCUCUGCCUCCGCGCCCGCCGCGCUUCCCGGCGCCGCAGUAGCCGCAUGCGCGUGAAGCACAGCUCCGGCUCCAUCCCCCUCGUCUCCAAAGAGAUCGCCGAGAUCAAGGACCAGCCGACCACUCGCCCUGAUCCUCCUCUGCCUCCUCCUUCCGCCGCAGAGGGCAAAUCCGGAAAGGAAAAGAUGAAGGAAGCGCAGCCGAGUCAGUCACCGGCUUUUGAUGUUGAGAAAGCCGAGGGUGACGUGUUUGGGUGGGGCCGGUGGUAUAGCCUGGAGGAGCUGCAGGCUGCGACGCGUGGAUUCUCGGCAGAGAAUGUGAUUGGAGAAGGCGGAUACGGCGUCGUUUACCGAGGAGCUUUGCAGGACGGCUCAGUUGUCGCCGUCAAGAACCUUCAUAAUAACAAGGGUCAAGCUCAGACAGAGUUUAAGGUGGAAGUGGAAGCCAUCGGAAAAGUAAAGCAUAAGAACUUGGUUGGUCUACUUGGUUAUUGUGCAGAAGGUGCUCAAAGGAUGCUUGUAUAUGAAUAUAUUGACAAUGGGAAUUUGGAGCAGUGGUUGCAUGGUGAUGUUGGGCCUGUCAGCCCUCUGACUUGGGAUAUCAGAAUGAAGAUAGCCAUCGGAACGGCAAAAGGGCUGGCCUAUUUGCAUGAAGGGUUAGAACCCAAAGUGGUGCAUCGUGAUAUAAAAUCUAGCAACAUUCUUCUGGAUAGAAAGUGGAACCCAAGGGUCUCCGAUUUUGGUUUGGCCAAGCUCUUGGGAUCUGAGAAAAGCUAUGUGACUACACGUGUAAUGGGGACGUUCGGAUAUGUUUCUCCAGAGUAUGCAAGUACAGGUAUGCUUAAUGAGGGGAGUGAUGUAUAUAGUUUUGGUGUUCUACUUAUGGAGAUAAUUACAGGAAGAAAUCCAAUUGAUUAUUCCAGACCAGCUGGAGAGAUGAACCUGGUUGAUUGGUUUAAAGGAAUGAUUUCACGUCGUGGGGAGGAAAUUUUAGAUCCAUUGAUAGAAGUUCAGCCCCCUCCAAGAGCUUUGAAGCGGGCAUUGUUGGUCUGUCUCCGCUGUAUAGAUCUAGAUGUCCAUAAGCGGCCGAAAAUGGGGCAAAUUGUUCAUAUGCUCGAUGCAGAAGACUUUCCUUUCCGUUCGGAUACCCGAUCAGCUCGUUAGAUAGAAAGAUUCUCUCCCUUCCCAUACAGUUGAAUCCAAUAAUGUCCAAUAUCUGUCCAGCUAUUACUGCGGCAAUGAAGCAAAAGCUAGUUGAGGUGGAGAUCGUUCUUUUUUUCGGCUGAUAAGUAGUACAGUAAUGGAGGGUUGGUGUAUAUAGAAGUUACCAAUUGUGACUGCAUAUAUAUUAUUGUAAUCUGUUCUUA